AUGGCUUCUCUUGGGUGUUAUUUGGAUUUUAAUUAUUAUGCUUCUAAUGCUAAUCAGGGUGGUAAGUUGUGGGUUUUCUGGAAUAUUCCUAACAUUUUUGAGAUUGUGCUUUGUACGACCCAAUCCGUGUCUGGUUGGUUCAAGUGGGAUGCUCAUCGUGUUUUUGUUACUUUUGUCUAUGCUAAGUGUUCUUAUGUUGAGAGAAGAGAACUUUGGCAUGAUUUAGAGGAGUGGACUGUUUUGGAUCAGCCUUGGUUAGUUUUGGGUGAUUUUAAUGUUAUUCGCAGGGACUCGGAAAGAGUUGGUGGGAAUCCUCGGCCUUUUAUCUCGAUGCUUGAAUUCAACGAUUGUAUUGAUCGUUGUGGUCUGUUAGAGGUUUCUAGUUCUGGCCAGCGCAUGUCGUGGUGUAAUGGACAUGGGGGAGUGUCCAGAAGUUGGGCUAAAUUAGACAGAGUGCUCAUGAAUAAUUUUUUUGCCAGUAUCUUUCCUUCUGUUCAUUUCAAUUAUUUGAGCCGAAAAUCUUCUGAUCAUUGCCCGAUGGUUGUUUGCUCGGAUCAUACAGCUUUGUCCUAUGGCCCCUCUCCUUUUCGUUUUUUGAAUAUGUGGUGCUCACAUGAUGGUUUUCUUAUGUGUGUGAAGGAAGCUUGGAACCAGCAAGAUACGGCGUCUGGCCUUCUUAAGCUCUCUAUUCGUCUGAAAAGAACCAAGAUAGCGCUUCGUGCCUGGAAUAAAAAUGUUUUUGGUAGGGUGGAUGUGAAUAUUCGUGCGUUGGAAGAGAGGUUAGAAUUUUUAGAUACCCAACUUCAAUCUAGUUUUUCUGAGGAGAUUGAGGAUGAUUUUGUGGCUACUAAGACCGAAAUUGAUAUAUGGGAGAAAAGGGAAGCUUCUCGUCUUGCCCAAAUUGCUAAAAAGAAAUGGUUGACUGAGGGGGAUCAAAAUUCAAAGUUUUUUCAUUCAGUUAUUAACCAGAGGCAUAACAAGGGGCAUAUUAGUAAAAUGGUCCUUGCUGAUGGGAGAGUUUUGUGUACUGCUGAAGAGGUUCAUGAGGAGGCCGUGAUUUAUUUUCGUAACUUCCUUUCUGAUGUCUCUACGGUGGAUCACUGUGACUUGUCGAGGAUUAUUGAGAAGAAAAUUUCAGAUGAAGAAAAUCUUUGGUUAUGCGCGGUUCCUUCUGAGUUGGAAGUGAAACAAGCUGUUUUUUCUAUUCCGAAGAAUAGUAGCCCGGGGCCUGAUGGUUUUGGUUCGGGCUUUUAUAUGUCUUGCUGGGAUAUUAUCAAAGAGGAUGUGGUAGCGGCUGCUGGAGAUUUCUUCAGGGGUGUUCCUCUAUCCAGGGCUUUUGGUUUUUCUGAUUCUGUUUGUCAGAUUAUUGCUAACUGUGUGCAGUCUCAAUGGUUUUCUGUCAUGAUGAAUGGUACCUUAAAAGGUUUUUUCCAGUCUGCCAGGGGUCUUCGUCAAGGGGAUCCUCUUUCUCCCUACCUUUUCAUCCUCAUGGAAGAAGUUUUGUCUCGGUUGCUCAGGAGUAAUUUUCAGGAUGGUCGGAUUGGCAAAUUUAGCCAUCCUAUUGGUGCCCCUUUGGUUUCUCACUUACUUUAUGCUGAUGAUAUCCUUAUUUUUACUAAUGGGGGUAAGAGGUCUAUUACUAAUUUGCUGCAUACGCUUGAUACUUAUGAGAGGUGGUCCGGUCAAAAAAUCAACAGGGAUAAAUCUGCUCUUUUUCUUUCUAAGCUUAUUUCUAAUUUACGUAAGAGGAGUUUGCUGAGUCUUACGGGCUUUAAGGAAGCUAAUUUUUUUUGGGGUGAGAAUGAUGGUAAAAGGAAAUAUCAUUGGAGGUCGUGGAGGCGUAUUUGUGUGCCUACCAAAGAUGGUGGUUUGGGCAUGAAAGAUCUUAAAGAGGUUCAAAAAUCUCUCCAUAUGAAGUUUGCUUUCCGUAUUUUGUCUUCUAACAAUCUUUGGUCUGAUUUUUUUCGUGCAAAAUAUAUUCGUCAUAGCCAUUUUUCUACUUACAAGGUGAAGCCAACUGAUUCUAGAUUCUGGAGAUCGCUUGUUAAGGUGCUUCCGGAAGUUAUGGACAAUGUGAAGGUCCUUGUGCGUGGUGGUAAUGCUUCUUUUUGGUUUGAUAGAUGGUUGGCUUCAGGCCCCCUUUCCAUUCGGGUGGAUGAGAUUACUAAUAACAGGCUGCGUCUUCAAGAUUGUUGGUCCAAUAAUUCCUGGGAUGAGGACUUACUUAGGGAACUGGUUAGUGAGGAGGUUGUUGAGGAAAUUAUUCAGAUGCCUAUUAAUGUUAUUCCUGGUCCGGAUUUAUUUGUGUGGAAGCCUUCUACUGAUGGCCGGUUUUCUACUCGUACAGCUUGGGAGGUGGUGAGAAAGAGAGGACAGGAAUUACCUUGGCAUGAUUGGUUUUGGCACCAGCUUCUUCCUAAGCGUAUUUCUAUAUGUUUGUGGAAAAUUUGGUUCAAUUGUCUGCCUGUGGACGUUCAGGUUCAAAGUAAAGGUGUGUCUCUUGCCUCUGCGUGUGACUGUUGUGAGAGGAGGUGUAUGGAAGAUAUUGACCAUAUUUUUUCUAUGGGGGCAGUGGCUUUUGAGGUCUGGUUGAAAGCCAGUACUGUUCUGGGUAUCCCUUGUAGUUGCAAUCUUCCUUGGAAAAAUAGAGUAGCUGGCUGGUUUUCUUAUGCUAAAAAAUCCUCUUUUAAAGGUACUCUUGUUGGCUUAAUUCCUUGUAUCAUCACUUGGUGCCUUUGGAAGAGACGUUGUAAGGCUAGAAUGGAUGGCAAAUAUGAUUCGGCAGUGAUUGUUUGGAGAAGUGUUCGGGUGUGGAUUCAAUCUUUGGCGAAUAAUAUUAAUUCUGUUAGUCCUUUAUCCAUGCACGACUUGAAGAUUUUGGAAGAUUUUAAUUUAGAGAGGCCUCACAUUUCUAUGCGUCCUAGUAAAAUUGUUAAAUGGUCCAGGCCCCCUUCGGGCUGGGUGAAGCUUAAUUGCGAUGGGAGUUGUAGAGGUAAUCCGGGUAAUUCGGGAGGGGUGGCAUUAUUAGAGAUUGGAAUGGUCUGGUUAAAGGGGCUUUUUCUGCCCAUUAUGGGGUGGGAACGAAUAAUGGCGCUGAAAUGA